GCCAACCAAAAUAUUAAUAUACAAAUCUUUCGGUUCCACCUUACGCUGCUUUACACACUCCAGAGUCUAGUUCAGCACGUCAUGGGUGUGGUUAGUGGCAUUAGCAGGCCUAUCAUUGUCGACGACUGGACGUCUCUAGACAGUGACCAUGAUAUGGCCGAUGACUAUGACUAUGACUCCCCCUUAACGGACCUGGAAGACAGUACUGGCGGUAGCGAGUAUAGCAGCCUGGAGGAGACAUUCAGUGAAUCAAGCGGUAGUGAAUAUGGCGGAGAGACACAUAAGAAACAACCUGCAAAAAAACGCUCCAGGACCGCUAAAGCACUCGACACCGGUAUGGCACUAGCAACAAAAGUCUCUGGCAGAAAAAAGAGAACGCUUAGUCUCAUUGUCACUAUGCCGAUUGACAUUCUUCUCGAGAUCUUUGGACUUUUGGAGCCGGUAGACCUUUUAUAUCUGUCACGCACGAGCAAAGCUUUCCGGAAGGUUCUCUUAUCUAACAGUGCGGUUUCGGUCUGGAAAGCUGCCCGCGUCAAUCGUGGCGGUGUUCCCGAUUGCAUGCCUGGCAUGUCUGAGGUCACAUGGGCCAACCUGUUAUUUGGUGGUUCUCAGUGUUAUGUGUGUGGCACCAAGGGAAUUAUGAGAAUAGACUUCGGUAUCAGACGCAGAGUAUGCACCUCGUGCCUCAAGAAGAACCUGGUCUAUAAGCCCAACUUUUCAUCGAAAUUUCCCGACUUAGAUCCAAUCAUCAUGGAUUUAAUACUAUUCACUAACACCGGUGGAUGGGCUCAUGGUCACGCCAGUGGAAGCAAGUUUUUUUGGUCGGACGACGUACUAAAGAUGGCAGCUCAGUUGGGGAUGUACCAGAAGGAUGUGCACAUGUUCAAACCAGGUGCCAAGAAAAGGCUGGAAGACUUCAAGCAAUCACACAAGAGAUAUGUUGACUCUGUUGUUGAUCAUGCUGCAGUGUGUAAUGCUUGGGUCGAUGGAGACCGCAAACAUCAUCUAUUGGCGGCCGACGAGCUUCGCAGCCAAAAUAAAGAGUUGAUUAAAGCUAGGUUAGUCCAACUCGGCCACGAUGCUAACGAUGUGACGCGCAUGUUCCGUCAUCGUGAAUAUGCCAUGGAUAAGGAACUUACCGAUGCACGGUGGAAGCGUUUACUCCCAAGAAUCGAGCAUAAUCUUUCUGAAUUGAAGGAAGAGUGGCGUCUCGAGGACCAAGAAAAUGCAUCGUAUUACCGGAAGAUGCACCUGUUGGAGAUGUAUGGCGACUACGUGCGGCAGUUGCGAACUCUCGUACCUCCUUCCAAAUCCUUCUUGAAGCUCUAUGAUGUCGCGGAAUUUAUCAACAGUCCGCCCGCUGUGGAACGAGAAAGCGAGAUCAAUGCUUGUCGUACUUUUGCCGACAAAUUGCCCGAAUUUUGUACUAGGUAUAUCCAUCAAACAAAGCUCGCACUGACGCAACUCCUUCGCCCCUCCACUGGUGUAUCGCAAGAUACCCUGGCGCCACAAAAUCAGGGUAUUGACGCCCCUGACGAGACCCUACUGCAACUAGCCACUUCUAUUUUCCAAUGUGUUCCCUCGCGUCCUUUCCCACUGAUCACAUGGGACAAAGUGCAGCAUCACGAAUGCUCUUCUCGUCAUUUUUACCCAGGGUCGAUGGCGACAGCAGCAGCUUGCACAUUUUCGAUCUCUCAAUCUGGGAUUACUGCCGCCCGCUCUUUGAUAAGCUUGGUCGGCCUUGAUGCCAAAAUUACGACUGCAACCACAAUGGAUCAACUCCUGUGUCACUUUUUUUGCUCCAACUGUCCGCCCAAGCUAGAGAACGGAGGAUCCUACCGGAUGGCGAUGGACUGGCGUCGGAGUGUCAUCCAUUGCGUCGAGGAAUCGCACGCAGAGCCUCGUUGGGAGCUUUUGAGUGCUGCGCAACUUAAAGUGGUCUACGGCCCGUAUCCUCUCGAAUACCCCAGAGCUACUGAUCUAGUGUGGUGCUGUAGCAAGUGCGAUAGGCAUCAUGAAAAACCAGUUAACAAGGCUACCAUCAUUGAUCAUUUACGAUGGCAUGGAAUCGCCGCUCCGAUCCAAGGAACCGAUUUUAGCUAUGACACAGCCCCUGUUAGGCAACCACCACUAGGAACGAAGUUCUUCCUUACCCCGCCUCAGCCGCCCAAGAAGCAGACAAAAGACUAUCGCUGCAAGCGCUGCAAUGGCUCACGGAGUUUUAUGUUGGACGGUGUCAGGCAGCACAUCAAAUCCAAGCACAAAAUCGGCUCUCCACUUGAAGGGACAGACUUCUGUAAAAUCAAGUAAUGACAUAUCGUCACUCCGUAGCCUCCUUCAUAUUUUGCUCCAUAUGCUCGUUAACACAUUUGCUCACGUACGCUAUUUGCAUCGCCAACCCUAAUGUCUAUGUACUCCGGAAUUUCAUCUACUGUCAAA